GUUCCAAAGCUUCGGCAAAGUUCAACUGUCAACUGCUAAGAAAGAAUCAAACAGUUGGCUCUCUCUCUCUCUCUCUCUCUCUCUCUGCACUGACUUAAAUUAACAAAGAUUGGAUAUCAGAGCAAUCAGAUAUAUUCACUUCAAGCAAGAACAGAAAGUCUGAAACAACAGCAAUGCGCUUUCAAGAAAACGGAGAAAAUCCCAAGAAGAUGACACUGGAAAGAGCUACGACACCGAAAAUGUCAUCCCCCUGCAACAGCACCACCAACUCCAUGGCCAUCUCUGUGUACAAACGCAGUAAGUCGCAUUCGAAAGGAAUAAUUGCCCCGUGGUGCGAUUCCUCUGGAGGCUGUCCGGUGUCGAACAUGAGGUCACUUACGGCCGUUUUGCCCAAAUCUCCAUCACCCAUUUGCAGCGAUUGCUCCAGCCCUCGAGACUCAACAACUUGCUCUACCCUAUCGCAAACACCCAAUUCUCAAGUUCCCACUUUGUGCCCCGCAAGAAACCUGAGCUCCUGCAUUGUGUCCUUUGAUAGUCCCACUACUUCUUGUAAGGACAUAGAUGGAUGGAUGGAGAAUGCCAAAAGUUGUUGCUGGGUUCGUCAACCCUAUUUGCUGAACAACCAUUUUAAAGCUAUUGAUCAGGAACUUUCCAGCCUGACUUUACCUUCAACUGAAGAGCUGAGCUAUCAAGCAUACGCUGAUAGCAUGCAUGGAGCCUUUGGAGCCCGAAGCCAGAACGAUGGACAGCAUAAAUUGCAGAGUCACCCGAAACCUCACCAUGCAUUAUUGGAUGAAGUCAAGAAGCGGGAGCUCGAAGCUGAUAUAGAUGCAUGGAAGAAAGCUAGAUUUCUGGAACUCGUGGACGAACUGGAGAGGAAAGAAGCUGCUAUAAGUAUUUGGGAGUUUGAGAAGGCCAAGAAGGCCAUGGAGGAGAUGGAGAAACUUGAGAGCAAGCUGGAGAGAAAACGUUUGAGGGAAAUUGAGAAGACACAGAAAAAAAUAGGCAGAGUCAAUAAAGAGGCAAACAAGAAGAAAUCAAAGGCGAGACGAUAUACAAUUGAGGAGAUAUCAGCAGUUUCAGCAUUUACAGAGAAGAUCCGGGCCACCAAAAGUUCUCUACUGCACACGCUUAGGAAGUUCGUUAGUUCACAUUCAAAUACAUAGCGACACCCUACCGCAAUCACAUCAAACUUACCAACACCCCCCCUUCCAAUUGUUUUUACUGUUUCUUUCCUAUGUGAGAGAAACGGGUUUCUAAAAAAGACAACUUUAACAUAGAGUUCAUUGUUCGGAGUUUUGGGAAUGGUGCUUCUGCUUCAAUAAAAAACCAAGCAUUUACCUUGGGUUAUAUUAUUAUCAGUUUCAAUGCAACACUAACACGUCCGAGUAUUAAAUACAAUUGCCUAAAGAAAGAAAAAGACAGAUUAAAAAAAAAAAA